AUGAAUGCCCCCAGCGGGACUCGAACCCGCGACCGUUGGCACAGCAAGAACGUUUUCAUCGUAUCUAAUUUUAUUCGGACCGACCUAUCUCGUUUUUCUGGGGAACAACAACCAGGGUGUGAGAGGGACCCGUCUUUUAAACAGUUAGUGCCCAACACAUCAAACCAAUCUGAAUCUUCAUCUUCGUCGGCGGACACAGCGUCGCAGGGCUCCGGGUCUGCGCCUGCGCCGCCCAAGAGACAUGAACCUCAGAGGGAAGAGCGGCAGGCCGAAGCCGCCCGCUCUCCUAGAGUUCAGCCGAAUCCUUUAUUAAGGUCUCGCACCCUCCCCAACUUCGGCGGCGGGCGGUCGCGCGACGCGUCCCGCUGCGACACGUCGCGGCGCGCGCACCACAUCACCAUGGCGACCGAGGACCUGCUGCAGCCGGGCCACGUCGUCAAGGAGAGGUGGAAGGUGGUGAAGAAGAUAGGUGGCGGCGGCUUCGGCGAGAUCUACGAGGGCCUGGACCUGGUGACGCAGGAGCAGGUGGCGCUGAAGGUGGAGUCGGCGCGCCAGCCCAAGCAGGUGCUCAAGAUGGAGGUGGCCGUGCUCAAGAAGUUGCAAGGCAAGGAGCACGUGUGCCGCUUCAUCGGGUGCGGGCGCAACGCGCGCUUCAACUACGUGGUGAUGCAGCUGCAGGGCCGCAACCUCGCCGAGCUGCGGCGCGCGCAGCCGCGCGGCGCCUUCUCGCUCUCCACCACGCUGCGGUUGGGACUGCAGAUAUUAAAAGCAAUAGAUUCAAUACACUCGGUUGGAUUUCUUCAUAGAGAUAUUAAGCCUAGCAACUUCAGCGUGGGGCGGCUGCCCGCCAACAGCCGGCGCGUGUACAUGCUGGACUUCGGGCUGGCGCGCCAGUACACCACCAGCGCCGGCCAGGUGCGCCCGCCGCGCGCCGCCGCCGGCUUCAGAGGCACGGUCCGCUACGCGUCCAUCAACGCCCACAAGAACAAGGAGAUGGGCCGCCACGACGACCUCUGGUCGCUGUUCUACAUGCUGGUGGAGUUCGUCAACGGACAGCUGCCCUGGAGGAAGAUCAAGGACAAGGAGCAGGUGGGUCUGAUGAAGGAGAAGUACGACCACCGGCUGCUGCUGAAGCACCUGCCGUCGGAGCUGCGGCAGUUCCUGGAGCACGUGCAGCAGCUGGAGUACGCCGACGCGCCGGACUACGCCAUGCUCGCCGCGCUGCUGGAGCGCUGCUGCAAGCGCCGCGGCAUCCGCGACGCCGACCCCUACGACUGGGAGAAGGACUCCGUGCCCACGACUCGACGACCGGUGCUGACGGCCGGCACCGAACACCAGCCCUCGCCCGACCACCAGCCCGACAAGAGCCGGCGGCGGCCCGAGACCGAGGCGACCACGGCGGCGGCCACCGACACGCAGCCGCAGCGCCCGCGCGCGCCCGCCUCGCCGCGCCACGCGCCCGCGCCCGCGCCGCCCGCCGCGCACCUCAACGGAUAUUCUACCACAGAUAAGCCAACGCCCGAAAAAGAAGUAGAAGUGCGCACCACUCCCGCGCCUUCGCCCGACAGACACGCUAAGGAGGCGGGCGCGGCGGCGGCGGGCGCGGCGGCGCGCCCCGAGCGCCAGAGCGUGCCGCCCUGCAAGCCGCGCGCGCCGCACCCAGCGGGCGGGCCCACGCUGCUGCGCCUGCGCGUGGUGACGGCGCCGCCCACCUGCGUGCAGGAGCUGGCGCCCGCCACGCCCGACCUCACCGGUGAAGCGAGCAGCCCCAGGAUAGUAGCCGACGUGGACAGUGUACAUUCAGACACGCAUUUCAAGAGAGGGCGGCGCGGCGGGCGCGCGCGCGCCGACCAGAGCUACACGCAGUUCGCCGUCAUGGACGACGAGAACGUGUCCGCGCUGCAGCAGGUGACUAAAGGCGGCGCCCUCACGCUCGUGUCGCUGUGGAAGUCGCAGUUCGACGACUCGGAGGAGACCACGGACAAUGAGUGGAAGCAGGAACAGUUGCAGUCGCCGGAGCACCGCGCGGCGCGCGCGUCGCUGCUGUCGAGCGGGUCGCACGCGGCGCGCACGCAGCUGCCCGCCUCGCACACGCGCACGCACUCGCCGCACACGCAGCGCCGCGCGCAGGACCUCGAGGCAGAGAAACCAGAAAAGGAGAAGGAAAAGGAGAAGGAGAAAGAGAAGAGUGAGAAAGCAGAAGUAGUGAUCAAACCCACUCCAGCCAAGAGUGCGAAGUGCUGCCUCCACAACGUGGGCAUCGACGCAUUCCCGCGGCUGCAGCCCGCGCUGCCGCGCUCCUGGAGUCUGCCCGCCAUCGGUACCCGCGUCCGCGCGCUGCGGCCGCCGCUGCUGCAGCAGGCGUCCUUCGACGACGGCGGCGGCGGCGCGCUGCGCUACCGCCUCGACGUCAUGCGCGGCGUGGCGGCGCGCGACCCCCCGCCGCGCGACCCCCUGCGCCCCCCGGACCCCCUCGAGCCCCUCGACCCCCUGGACGCGUCCCCGCCGCGACGCCGCGCCACCAGCUUGCCGUGUCGAGAUGACAGCGCGUGUGAAGAGAUGCCGACGUCGCUCGUCUCACAGCGA